AUGAGGUUUGGUUUUAUAUUUACAACCAUAACCUUGGUUACUUCUUCACUCGUUGCUGCUAAAUCUGAUACUAAUAGUAAUGAAAUAAUUGAUGUGACUUCGAAAAGAAAUGCACAAGAGCUUGACCAUGAAUGGGCCAUUCGUGCUGUUCAAGAAAUACUGACCGAAUCCAACAGUUUGACUAAAAGAGAUGGUGAUAUAUUAGAUUCUUUGAUGAAUAUGUUAAAAAAUUCUAAUUUGUUGAACGAUUUUGUUGAUACUUUGGGUUCAACCAACUCGUCUUCUUUAUCUAAAGUGGUUACCUCUUCCAUAUCGUCUGGAAGUUUGAAUGUUUCUUCGAUUGCUAAUGUUAUUGAAAAUAGUGGGUUAACAAAAAGUUUUUUCAAAUCAAUGUAUUCAGAUUCCGAUAAUAACGAAUCUCUUAUUGAUUAUUUGAAAGACUCUUCUAACUCUAAAAUUAAAAGAAGUAUUAAAAGAGACAUUUUGGAAGAUUCUAAAUCAGACAUCUCCAAGAGAGAUUUGGAUACUAUUAUCAACAUUGUUGAACAAAUUUACAACUCUGGUAUUAUUGGCAAAGUCUAUAAUUAUCUCAUGAACCAUAAAGAGUUCAUUGAAGCUGGUGAAAGAUUGGUUGUUUCAGUGGUUAAGAAAAUUGAUUGGAGUAGUUUAUAUACUACCAUUAAGAACUCCGGUAUUGUUCAAUCAAUUUUUAGAAGAUUGGUUUCAAGUCUUGAAUCCAGAUUACAAACUAGAGAAUUUGUUAAAAGAGCUGAUGCUACUCAUACCACUUCCACUGCUUCUUCCGAAACUUCUGACGGUUUAGGUAAUAUGGUUGACACCUUUUUAGAAGCUGCCGCUGGUGAAAAUGACGAUUCUACUACCACCACUAAAACUUCUUCUGAUUCUUCUUCUACUGGUGGAUUAUUAGGUAAUUUAUAUAAUAAUUAUCUUGGUGGUGACGAUAAGGACUCCACAACUUCAUCUACUAAAAAGGCCACUACUUCUGCUAAAAAGACUGCUGCAUCAUCUGAAACUGGAGGUUUAUUAGAUGACUUAUUAGGUGGCGGUGACUCUUCCUCUUCUGCAACUGUAACCACCACUUCUGCUAAAUCCACCUCUACUGGCGGUGGCUUAUUGAGUAACUUGAUUGGUGGUUUCUUGAAUGAUGAUGAUGAAUCUUCUUCUUCAACCGCUACCACUACUUCUGCUAGAUCGACUUCUACUGGUGGUUCAUUAUUAGGGGGAAUUCUUGAUUUAUUUGAUGGCGAUGAUGAUGCAUCUGCCACUACUACUUCUACUAGAUCCACUUCUACUUCAACCGGCGGUUUCUUAAGCGAAAUCUUCGAUGAUCUUUUCGAUAGUGAUGACAACGAUACUGAAUCAUCAUCUGGUUCUUCUAAGAGUUUAUCCUCCGAGUUCUUAUCACUCGGUGAAAGUGUAUUUGAUAAAUUAUUCGAUGGUAAUUCAUCAUCGUCCACCUCUUCCUCUUCUAGUUCCGGUGGUAAAGGUAUCUUGGGAACCAUAUUUGGUAUCAUUCUUGAUGUUAUUGAAGAAUUACUCGGAGGUGAUUCUUCAAGUUCUGGUAACACUACAUGGAGUCUGCUUUUAGGUGAUAUUGUUGACGAUAUUUUUGGUAACUCAACUUCUUCAAGCACUUCAGGAAGCUCAGGUUCAGGUUCCGGUUUACUUAGCGAAAUCCUUGAUGAUAUAUUUGAUGGUGCUGAAUCAGGUCUUGGUUUAGUUCUUGAAAUUGCAGAAACUAUCCUUGAUCAUUUCUUUGGUACCUCUGGUUCUAGCUCUGGCUCUUCUAAAUCUGGUUCUUCAAUUUUUGGUUCCUCUUCAAACAAACAAAACUGCUGCUGUGGUAAUAAAAAGAGAUCGGAAAAGAAAUCUUUAAAGAGAAUAGUUAGAAGAUCGGUUAGAAAAACCAUUAAGAAGAGAGCCGACUUAUUAGCUAUGGCCGAUGAAGAGCUUCUUAACCAUUUGGGUAAAAGACUUCAAGAUACCAAUUAA